GUGAAUUUAAAACGGAAGCGCGGUCCGUCAGAACCAAAUCAUAACAACUUUCCGGUGUGAGAGGAAAACAGCAACCAACGGCGUUUAGCACAUCUGACCGAGAUAAAAUGGACAACAUAAUCUUUGCAGAGCGAGAAAAUGCAUGUCUUCAUCCGCCGUCUCUGAAGAUGCGACAGCGGCUUCAGUCUGCUCCAGAGAAACUCUUAUCCCCUAUGACUGCCAAAACCUUACACACCCCUCUGCCAUCUGGUCGUAAGGCGUUUGGAGCUGUCAACAAAAAAGUCUCAACCCCUGCUGUAAACACACAAGAGAAGAAACUCCUAAAGCCACAGGAAACUAAAGUCAAACAUGCUUCAGACCAGAAGACCAAAGUGGAGGAAUAUCCAGAAAUUGAGAAGUUCAUCCCUUAUGACCCACUAGAGUUUGAGAAGUAUGGCAUACCUGAGGAUCUGAUCCCUCUCAGUGGCUUUGCCCUGCCUGGACUGGCCUGUUUCCCACAAGCUUCACAUCUGUGUGAAGAGGAGCUGGAAAAGUUUGAUCCACUCCCAGACCUGUCACCUGUAAAGAUGCCAAAACGUUCAGAUUACUGCCUCGAGCUGGACGCCUUCCUUCAAACACUUGAUGAGCUGACUGUUGAGCUUCCCCCAGAGUCUUCUACUGACUGAAUGUUAAUGUGUAAUUCUGAAAUUUUUUACUGAAAUAAAGUUGUUUUAUCUUUUA